GGCAAGGUUUAAACGUUAGGUCCUUUUGAAAUGUGCCCGCCCUUUCGUUUCAACGACCUUGAACGGCUUGAUUAGAGGCGGUCAUUCCGUAUUUCAAUUGCCGUGGGUUGGUUGGAUUGCAUGAGUACCAAGUUUUUUCAUAUAUAAGUCAUGUUAUGCUACAUAAAAAAGCACGAAAUAAAUACCAAAACCAUUAAUUUAGCGUUCUCUGUUUUGUAGUGUACACGUUGGCUCUGUUGUUGCUUUGUAAUUUGAUCUUUGAUCCCAACAACUGUAGUAAAGCUCAACGAAAUGUCAAGUCACAGGUAAAUCCUAAGUAUUUGUAGUAUUUUCUUGGGUUAUUAUUGUCGCAAGGAAUAACCUUUUAAUAAUUAGUCAUUUCUGUUUUUAGUGCUUCAUGCUCAAGUGACAUUUCAGUCGACCUAACCGAUGCCUUUCGAAGUAUGAUACUGAACAAGCGUUUCGUCUUGUGGGAUGAUUUUGAAAGCGCCUUAAAAGAGUUCCAAAAAGUAUGGAAUUAUAGUUUUAUCGCUUCUCAGACUACUUAUACUCGUUACAUCCACACAGAAAGCAGAUUGCUGAAGGAUGUCAGGUUCAAAUACCUGUUUGUAUCGUUUAAUUGUACGUUUGGUCAUCAGCGGAAAUCGGAAGGUUUGAAAGUGAGGCAAAAAUCGUCUAAAUUCCGUAAUUGUCGAUCUAAAUUUCGUGUAAGACUAGAGGAGCAAGGAUAUGUCAUCAAAUCCUACAACAUGCUCCACAAUCAUCCAUGUAGUAGUUCAUGGAUGGUAUGUGAUCCAUUGACAAGGAGAUUAUCGUCAGAAGAAAAAGAGAACUUGAAGCCCGUAAUACUUCACUGUGAGUCAGCAGAUGCUCCACAGCGUCUUACACCCCUGCUAAACAUUUUGACCCCAUUCGCUAGAUCUAAAUUGUUAUACGAACUUAAACAAAUGCGUUUUGUCUACGUGGAAUAUGAAAGCGGUGAUUGGUUGUUUAUGGUUGAUCGCGGACAACAUUAUGAAGUUGAUAUAAGCAUUUGUCAAUGCAAUUGUAGCACGUUUAUGAUGUGCCGAUAUCCCUGCCGUCACAUGCUACUUGCCUACGUUAAAAGACGAAAUCUUACAGCUCAUCAACUUCUUAGGUAUUGUAGCAGAUGGAAGUUACAUAAUACCCAGAACUUCCAAAAUUAUACAUUAACUGCAUUAACACGACGGAGUGAAGUGUAUAUAAGUAUUCAACGAAGUCAAAGAAUCCAUAAGCAACGCAUCAUUGAGAAGUAUGGUGAACGUUUCGCAACGGAAGUUGAGAAGAAGGUGGACAAUUAUUACUUAAAAAUUCUUAAUACUAACUUGUAAACUUGAUUUUCUGCUUUAGCAGCAAUGAUUAUUCAAUAAACUGUCAUAAUUUUAA